GAAGCAGAGGCAGAAGCAGAGGCAGAAGCAGAAGCAGAAGCAGAAGCAGAAGGAGAGGCAAAGGUUUCGAACCUCAAUUGGCAUCUGCACGAAGAGUGGAAAACUUGCGAGGGGAAAAUCAUCGUUCUCGGAGCCCUCUUCUGAGUGUUUAUUUAAUCUGGAGUUUGUAAGUCUGCAAUCAGGAUUCAAUCUUUUUUUUUUUUUGGAUUUCUUGGGACGUUGGGAGCCAAAACGGACACAAACACUUUUUGGAUACCUCCUCUGUGAAACGCCAACAUGGCCAAGAAGAGCCAAAAAGAUACCUCUGGGGUGUUUUUUGACACUCAAUCGAACAUGGUCAUGUCCCAGGGUGGAACAUUUGAACGAAUGAAGGAAAAGAUCAGUGCCGUCAGGGCAGUGGUCCCAAACAAAAGCAACAAUGAAAUAGUAUUGGUGCUCCAACACUUUGAGAACUGCGUGGACAAGGCUGUGCACGCUUUCUUGGAAGGCAACGCUACGGAGAUCCUCAAGGAGUGGAACGUCACCGGGAAGAAGAAGCCCAAGAAGAAAAAGAAGCCCAAGCCCGAGCCCCUAGAGGUCUCCCCCGUGGAGGCAGCCCCGGCGGAGGCCGCCCCGGUGGAGGCGGCGCCGGCGGCAGAGGACAAGGGCACGCUCAACGGUUUCCAUGCCAACGGCUCGGUGUUGGAUGGCGACUCUCUGGAUUCCCUAAGCGAACAGCUGGACACGGCGUCUCUGGACGCAGAUGCCGAGCUGGACUCUGAACCCGCCACGUCUGAAACCCCAGGUACAGACGCAGAGGGUCCCCUCAGCUCCCCCAGCCCCGCCUUCCAGCCGGGAGGGAGGAGCCACCCGGCCCCCAAAGGCCAGAGGAUCCGCUCCAGGCCCAACUCCCACUCCCAGGCGCCCACGGCCCCCUUACCGCUGACCCCCGACGCUGACGGCCUGCGCGGCCCUUCAGGAACCAAGAAGACGGCGACCAACGUGGAGCGCUCUGUGAAGGACCUUCAGCGCUGCAGCGCCUCCCUGACCCGCUACAGGAUGGUGGUGAAGGAGGAGAUGGACACCUCCAUCAAAAGGAUGAAGCAGACCUUCGCUGAGCUCCAGAGCUGUCUAAUGGACAGAGAAGUGACCCUGUUCGGUGAAAUGGACAAAGUCAAGGCUGAGGCCAUGAGCAUUUUGGACGGCCGUCAGAAGAAGGCAGAGGCACUCUGGCGAUUGACGGACAAAUCGGCAUCCAUGACUGAAGAUCAGCUGACGGAACUACGGGCCGACAUCAAGCACUUUGUGAGCGAGCGGAAAUACGACGAGGACCUCGGGAAGGCCGUGAAGUUUUCGUUUGAGCUGGAACCCCUGAAGACGAGCAUCACAGAGUUCGGUUCAGUCUACCACCCCAGGACCGACUACUCAAACCGCUCCCGCUGCAGCUCCACCUCCUCCUCUGCCACCACCCCCGCCGAAACCCCGCCUCCCGGCCACACCCCGCCCGCCGGCAGCGAGUACCGCCCUCCGCCCAACAAACAGUCCUUCCAAGGAAACCGGCGCACCUUCCAGGGCCCGGGCUACAGCACCGGGCAGCGGUACAACGGGGGGCCGUACCCGGCCCGCUCCAGCUACAGAUACCAGGGCAGCGGGGGGGGCCAGCAGGGGGACGGCCCCCGCACCGGCGGCCCCGGCGCCGCCUCGCAACAGCCCCGCCCCUCAAGAGGCCCGCCCAACCCCAACCCCAACCCGUCGACGUCCAACCACCAGCGCCCGGAGCGGCCCGCCCGCAACGGGGUGGCCUAGGGGGGGCACUCAUACAGCCGCCGCCUCCAGCACAUCCACUACCCACCCAUCCACCCCCCCAAACUCUCCCCCUGCACCCCCCCCCCCAAACUCCUGUAUCAAUGAAGAAUAGUAAGAAUACACGUUUACAUUUAUUUGUCGUUAGUUUUUUGUUUUAAUGGGGUCCGUGUAGCUGUGGUGCCACCGCCUCUCCUUCAUCCUCUAGACUUGGAAAAAGUCUAAGUCUCUUUAGUAUUUUGUAAUUGACUCUCGACAUCGCGGCUCCCCUCUGCUUCCUUCUCAGCUCCCCCCCCCCACCGCCCUCCCUGCACACGUGUUCACCGGCGAUUCCGAGGAAAUCAUGAAACUCCUCGAUUUUGGCAAUCCCUGCAGCCUUAGAUUGUACGGCGUCGGUUAGUUAAAAGGUGUUCCAAUGUGCUGAUUGUGAAUUAAGAGGACGUGGGGGUCUUCGUUUAUCGUAAAUGCAAUCAACGCUACAGAAAACAAACCAUCAAAGUUGCACAUAUCACUGCACAUCUUGUGCGGUCCAACGUGGCUGCUGCCAGCGUCGCUUGCUUGCGUCUGGUCCAUGGUCUGGUCACACCGAGGAACCCGCUAGUUAUCCCCCCCCCCCCCCCCCCGGGCCUGAGGCGAGGCUACAGGAAUAGGAUGGGGCUCUUUUUGUUUUAACUUUAAAAAACAUUAUUUGAUUAUUUUAUUAGGUGCUGUUGCAUUGUGAAAGCUCCCGGGCUAAGGGUCUGCGUCUCGGCCGUCGUGUCCCUGACCGUGUUGAAGUGGUCCAAUGGGAUGUGCAGCCCUCCUUUUAUUUCCCCUUCUAUUUAUUUAGUUCCAUUGCUGGUGAUUUGAAAUGCGCAUAACUGACAUGCCUGCCUUUUUUUUUUGUCGCAGCACUUCCAGGCUUUCCAUGGCAGAACCCUAGACCAGUACGGUUAGAGUGUGUACUCCUAGCGCUUAUACACAGCGUCCAUGUAAACAUACGUCUGUAGAUGUUGACCUGGAAUCAUACUGACCCUUUGACCACCCAAUCAUUUUUUUUUCCCCUUAUACUGUAAUUUGGGUCCAUAAGCCUCCUAAAUACCUCAUUGAUGUGCUGUCAUUUGUUUCACAUGCCCUGGUUGUCUCCUUGCGUGCGCAGGGUUUAAAAUGGGGGAGAGGGAGCGAUUGAAAGGUGUGCUCUCUCUCUCUCGUGUGAGUGCGUGUGUCGUGUGCGUGUGUCCAAAAGGUUAGCGUGGAGCAAACCAUCUGUCUUGUACCAAGCAGUCUUCCUUGAAAAGCAAGAAGAAAACAGAAUUCCAGCUGAAUCGAUUGUAAAGAAAAAAAAAAAAAAAGAAGAAAUUUGUUAAUGUUCACCUUCCAGUUGAUAAUAUAA